AUGUCGAGUUCCAAACGAAAUCCAGCCACCUCCGAUCACAAGGAAUUUUUACGAAAACUUCCUCCAAUUUCCAUUCGUCGCAGAGGGAAUGUUGACGGAGAGGAGGAGAAUCUUGAUUUAGGUAAGAAUGAAUCAGAGAGGGGGAAAUCGUUAAUUGUUGAGCCCUCAAUGCUUAGCUUGAAUCAACUCAGGACGCAGUCGGUUCCUCUGCCUCUUGAUUUUGUGAAUAUGGGGACUAGUAAUAAUCAAGGGAAAGACGGGGGCAAUUCGCGAGCUAAAUUGUCUUCCACUUCUCAACAAUCUGCUGUCACUUCUAUUGAACAAGGUAAAAAGGUCCAGUGGAGUCAAUCAAAAUCUUUGAGAAUCCCUUCACCCCAACGUUCGGGGUCAGUGGGUUAUCACGCAGCUUUUAUCAAGGAAACGCAAUCUCCACGUUUCCAGGCUAUUCUUCGUUUAACAAGUGGUUGUAAAAACAGAGCACCAGAUAUUAAGAGCUUCUCUCACGAACUCAAUUCAAAAGGUGUCCGACCACUUCCAUUUUGGAAAUCUCGUGCUGUUGGUCACACGGAGGAGAUUAUGUUAAUGAUUCGGUCGAAAUUUGAUAAAUUAAAGGAAGAAGUGAAUUCUGACUUGGGCAUCUUUGCUGGAGAUUUGGUGAGUAUUCUUGAGAAGGCUUCAGGAUCUAAUCAUGAAUGUAAAGAAGGUUUGGAGGAUUUGUUAGUUAUAGCUAGGCAGUGUGCAAAGAUGUCACCCAACGAAUUUUGGUUAAAUUGUGAAGACAUUGUACAGAAUCUAGAUGACCGUCGUCAAGAACUAUCGAUGGGAACUCUCAAGCAAGGGCAUACACGCCUCUUAUUUAUCCUCAGCCGCUGCACUCGGCUUGUUCAGUUCCAAAAGGAGAGUGGUCAUGAAGAAGAUCUCAUUCUGCCUUCACACCAACUUAGUGACCUUGGCGUGUACCCUCAAGGUAUUCUUGGGGUGUCACAAGUUUGGAAAGAAAGUGAUGAGAGACAAACUUACAAAGUCCAGGAACUGGACCAAAGCAAUACGAACGUCAAACAAGACGAUUUAAUUGAUGAGGUUAGCACUGCAAAGAGUGUUGCUUCAUCCACAGGAAGUUAUAAGAUGUCAUCUUGGAAAAAACUUCCAUCUCCAGCUGAGAAAAACCAGAAAUUCCACGACCCUACUGAUGCCCCUUCUAAGGAUAAAUCUGAUAAAUUGCAACAAAAAGAAGAAAUAGAUAGUGCAGAAAAUAUUGAUACUCCAGUCUAUCAGCCAGAACAUUCAGAAGAUUCUUUGAAGGUAGGUCAAGUAACAUGGGGAGUUUGGGAUCAACACCAAAUGACACACGGGGAUUCAUUGAUAUGCCGUAUAUGUGAAGUUGAAAUACCAAUAGUUCAUGUUGAACAUCACUCCAGAAUUUGUACAAUUGCAGAUAGAUGUGAUUUAAAAGGUCUAUCUAUAAACGAACGGAUUGAAAGAGUUGCAGAGACCCUUGAAAGAAUACUUGAAUCAUGGACACCAAAAAGCACAAGCACCGGGUUGGAAAGUUCUGAAGUGGCGACAGAGUGUGUAACCAGUUCACCAGAAGAGUUGGAUGCGUUGUCACCAAAUAAUAACAGCUUGUCUUUCCAAUGCUCUCAAGACAUAAUGGAUAGUGUUUGUGAGGCUGAUAAUUCUUUUCCCGUGGAUGAUCUCCACAGUUGUCCUUACGUUUCAUGUGAAAAUUGUGCCUCUAUACCUGAUCAGUUUAAGAAGCCCUCAUCACCAUUGACACCUCGAUCGCCUUUAGUAACCCCACGGACGAGCCAAAUAGAGCUUCUGCUGAGUGGACGGAAAACCAUAUCUGAAUUUGAAAGUUAUAAGCAGAUACAUAAGCUGUUGGAUAUUGCUCGAUCUGUAUCCAUUGUCAACAAUAAUAACUACAGUACCUUGGAGUACAUGCUUGAGCUUUUAGAAGACCUCAAAUAUGCCAUUCAGGAUAGGAAGGUGGAUGCUCUUGUCGUUGAGACAUUUGGGAGACGCAUAGAGAAACUAUUGCAGGAGAAAUAUGUACUUCUAUGCAGGCAGAUAGAUGAUGAAAAGACAGAAUCAUCAAAUAUCACAGCUGAUGAUGAUGGUUCAAUGGAAGAUGACAUAGUUCGUAGUUUGCGUGCAAGCCCCAUUUUUCCUUGUACCAAGGAUCGAACAUCUAUUGAAGAUUUUGAAAUAAUUAAACCCAUAAGCAGAGGUGCUUUUGGACGAGUUUUCCUGGCCAGGAAAAGGGCAACUGGUGACUUAUUUGCAAUAAAGGUUUUGAAGAAGGCUGAUAUGAUUUGCAAAAAUGCAGUAGAAAGUAUCUUAGCUGAACGUGAUAUUUUAAUAUCAGUCCGCAAUCCUUUUGUGGUCAGGUUUUUCUAUUCUUUCACGUGUAGGGAAAAUCUUUAUUUAGUUAUGGAGUACUUAAAUGGAGGAGAUCUUUUCUCAUUGCUGAGGAACUUAGGCUGCUUGGAGGAAGAUAUGGCACGCAUAUAUAUUGCAGAAGUUGUUCUUGCUUUAGAGUACCUGCACUCAUUAAAUGUCAUUCAUAGGGACUUGAAGCCAGACAACUUGCUGAUAGGUCCAGAUGGUCACAUCAAGUCACCUGAAGACAAGCUUCAAACACUGUUGACAGAUUUUGGGCUCUCCAAAGUUGGUCUUAUUAACAGUACAGAUGACUUAUCUGGUCCACCUGCUUUUUUUGGGGAUGAUAAACCAAAAGCUUCUGCAGCGCAUUCAUCGGUCAAAAGAGAACAGCGGCAAAAGCAUGCUGUUGUUGGAACCCCCGACUAUUUGGCACCAGAGAUACUCCUGGGCACGGGACAUGGCGCAACAGCUGAUUGGUGGUCUGUGGGUGUCAUUCUUUUUGAGCUCCUAGUAGGAAUUCCACCUUUUAAUGCUGAACAUCCACAUCAAAUUUUUGAUAAUAUCAUGAAUAGAGACAUUCCCUGGCCCAAGGUACCUGAGGAAAUUAGCCAUGAAGCUUAUGAUUUGAUGGACAAGUUGCUGAUUGAAAAUCCAGUUCAAAGAUUGGGUGCAACUGGGGCUGGAGAGGUGAAACAACAUCAUUUUUUUAAGGAUAUUAACUGGGACACUCUUGCAAGGCAGAAGGCUGCAUUCAUACCUUCAGUUGAUGCACAAGACACUAGUUAUUUUAUGAGCCGGUACAUAUGGAAUCCAGAAGAGGUAAAUGUUCAUGGAGGUAGUGAUUUUGAUGACAUGACCGAGACAGGCAGUGCCUCCUGCAGCAGCUCGUACAGCAAUAUGCUGGACGAAGAAGGGGAUGAAUGUGGAAAUUUGGCCGAAUUUGGCCCUCCUGCCCAUAAUACGGCGUACUCAUUCAGUAAUUUCUCAUUUAAGAACUUGUCUCAGCUGGCUUCUAUCAAUUAUGACUUGGUUAUAAAGAGUGCUAAAGAAUUAGCAGAGUCUACAAAACCAUCCGUUCCAUGA